AUGGAGCGGAAACGCCUGAGAAAAGCAUUCGUCGUGUGGAGGCGCAAGCUCACCUGGGUCUUGAUUGGCGAUGCCAUCAUGGGCGUGAAGGAGCGAUGUGCCGUGUUUGCUUGGAACUGCUUUCUGUUUCUGGCAAGCUGGUGGCUCUUCAGCUUUCACGUCUUCGAGCUGCUCCAGGCCAUCCUGGUCGCGAUCGUACUCAUGAUUGUAUCAAGCCCAGUACGUGGAAUGGAUCCGCAAAUGCUGUGGGGCCAGUUGCCUUCGCAGGAGGAUUUGAAGACCUUUCUGCCGUCUGAAGCUGUCGCGGAGCUACAUCUCCAGAAGGCGUGGGCUCGUCUGUGCGAAUGGCUUGCACUUGUGGAGGCCGCCCUGGAUGCCCUUCACCAGACGCCUUCGGAAGUGGAGAAGCUACGCGCAGCCGGCUUUCAAGCCUAUCUUGCAGAUGUAAAAGGGCGAUAUGAUGCUUGGCGAAGCGUCGUCGCAGAUGAGGAAGAGGAACCAGAAGAGCAAGAGGAGGAGCAUGCCAACGAUGCCCGGCGGAAGAAAUCUGCAGCCAUCGCCAACAAGAUCCGGGGUAUAAAAGCAGAGCGUGAAAGCGCAGCCAAUGCUGCAAGCAUUGACAAUGCAAGCUCUGUGAGGAGACUGAAGGGCCGCCGAAGACCGAAGUAA